GCUCAGGCUUUAAUCCUCCAGCAGCCUCCUGAACUCGAGGACUUUGGCUUCUUCCAGACGACUCCCAACUCUCCGGCCAGCAGCACCGCUGGUUUCCAGAAACCUCAGACCUCUGUGAAGGACAUUUGCUGGUUUUCUAACCUUCCCUGUCGCUCCAUGUCCAGAUCCGACCGGUUCCGUCCUCCAUCAUGUCUCUGCUCACCCACCUGCUGUCCUGCCUCUUUGGUUUGGGCUCCUGGGUCUCCAUCAACGGCCUCUGGGUGGAGCUGCCCCUCCUCGUCCCUCAGAUCCCCGAGGGCUGGUACCUGCCCUCCUACCUGUCGGUGCUGAUCCAGAUGGCCAACGUCGGGCCGCUCUUCGUCACCCUGAUGCACCGCUUCCGACCGGGCGUCCUCAACGAGGUGGCCGUCGUCUACGCCGUCAUCGCCGUGGGAACCGUCGCCAGCUUCCUGCUGGGCUUCUUCUGGAAGGAGACGGUGGUGGUGGGCGGCGCCCGGCGCAGCGUGGCCCUGCUGGUUCUGACCUUCUUCCUGGCCACCGUGGACUGCACCUCCUCCGUCACCUUCCUGCCCUUCAUGAUGCGCCUGCAGCCCCGCUACCUCACCUCCUACUUCGUGGGGGAGGGCGUGAGCGGCCUGCUGCCCGCCGUGGUGGCGCUGAUCCAGGGCGUCGGCGUGGUCCGCUGCAUCAACGGCACGCAGCUCCUGAACCGGACCUCCAAUGCCACGACCUUUGACCUGCAGGCCCAGUACCAGCCUCCAAACUUCUCGGCCGAGGAGUUCUUCUUCUUCCUCAGCGCCAUGAUGCUGGUGUGUCUGCUCGCCUUCCUGCUGCUCAACCACCACCCGUCCGUGGCCCGCCAGAACCCGAGCAGGAGCUACACCAACGGGGUGAAGCAGGAGGCCCAGCGGGGCAGGAAGUGGGCCGAGCAGAAGCCCAUGAUGGAGCCGUGUGGCCAGAGGAAGCCCAGGAGCAGCUUCGGCAGCGGCUCCUACAGCUGGCUGCAGGUGUCCUACAUCCUGGGGCUGCUGGCCUGGGCCAACGCUCUGACCAACGUGGUGCUGCCCUCGGUCCAGUCCUACUCCUGCCUGCCCUACGGGAACAACGCCUACCAUCUGUCUGCGUCUCUGGCUGCCGUGUCCAACCCUCUGGCCUGCUUCAUCGCCAUGUUCCUGCCCAACAGGUCUCUGGUGCUGCUGGGAGUUCUGACAGCUGCUGGUUCUGCUGUUGGAGGCUUCAUCAUGGCCAUGGCGGUGCUGAGCCCGUGUCCUCUGCUGGUCCACGACUCGGCCGGAGCCGUUCUCAUCGUGUCGUCCUGGUUCCUGUUCGUCCUGCUUCUGUCCUACGUCAAGGUGAUGAUCGGCCUGAUCCUGAGGGACGAAGGCCACGGCGCCCUGGUGUGCUGCGGCGCCGUGGUGCAGCUCGGCUCGCUGCUGGGCGCCGCCGCCAUGUUUCCUCUGGUCAGCGUCUUCGGCUUCUUCCAGUCGGGAGACCCCUGCAACACCUGGUGUCCCUGAACGCACCACAGGCUGGACGUUAAAGCAGCUCCACGUCCAUGUGAGGCAGGAGUCAGUCGGUCAGUUUAAAUAAAUCUGAGAAAAGCCUGCUGACAUGUGAACAUUAUGCCGUCAUAAAUAUUCAAUAUUUACACCAGAUGCACAC